UCUCAAACUUAUUGUCCCCUCAAACUUAUUGUUUCCUCACACCUCUUUGCGAGCCCGUUAACAUUCUUAUUCUGCACGUUUGCCGUGCUUCGCAGUGACAGUGACUCACUGUGUUCUUGUUUACUUGUUGCCUGCGUUUUCACCUGCAUAUAAAUUUCGAUUGCACCCUCCUUCCCACAUCUUUCCGUUUUCACCUCCGCAUCCAUCCGCAUUAUUGCAGACAAACACCAAUCUUCUCUCUUCUCCCUUCACCCUUCACUCCAAACAGAAGAUGGCAGCCGUCAAACGCCAAUCCAAUGGCGCGACAGCCAUCGUGGUCUCCGAAUAUAAAACGGGGUCUGGCACCCUCACCAGCGACAGGUUCUGGUGUGAUCCGUGCAAGAGAAUCUUCAGCACGUGGCAGCAGCUUCACGAUCACAAAGAAAAGAUGAGCGCUCAAGGCAAGGCUAAGCAUAUACACUGCCAGUUCUGCAGUCGUGACUUUCACACCGAAUCCGCCAAAAUCACCCACAUCCAGCAGGAUCACCCUCAGGAACAAAGCCUUUAUUGCACAGGAUGUGGAAAAGGCCCUUUCGUUCGAGUUGGCGGACUCGUAUCUCACGUCGAGAAAGAGUGUCUCAUUCUCAAUACGAACACGAUUGAGACCAUGCGUGAGGAGAAGAUGGAAUUCUCCCAAGCCCUUACAGCUUUGACUAAAGAGCCUCUCAAGAACAACUAUGGAGGCUACAUGCCCGAAAAUGCGAACAAGGGUCUUCCUGAUGCUACCUGGGAAUCAACUGGAAGCAUUCCUGCUCCCUUUACUAUCGAGCAGAGUCAGUUCCCCAGCCUUGGCGAAUCUAGUUCUACCACACUCCAGCCCACCAAGGAAAAGAAAGAAAACAGCUGGAACAAAGGCAAGAACCUGUUCCCAGAUGCUCCUGCAGCUCAGCGCCCUACUCAAGAGCAGCUCAAGCAAGUCACUGCUCCGAGCGCCAGAGCUACCUUCGACCUCAUGAGCGAUCUCGACCCCAAGCAUCCCAACUUCAACGUGGGCCGGUUUUACUCCGAGUACACUCAGAAAUUUAAUUGUCGCAUGGGGAGAUGCGGCAAGGCCUUCAAGACAGCGAAGGGUUUCAUCGCACACCUCACCUCCGAGGUUCACUCUGCGAGCAAGUACCGCUGCCCCUACUGUCUCAACACGUUUGGGUCUCUUGCUUCGAUCACCCAGCAUGUUGAGUCCAACAGCAACAAGUGCAAGAUCCGAGACACGGAGCAGUACAAUUCCUACAUGGACCAGCUUCUCGCUAGCAUGGUUAACGUCAAGGAUAGACACGCAGAUGGCACCGUUCGCUAUGAGACGUCAAAGACGUUUGGCAAAGGCCCUAGCCCUGGCUCAGACCUCGUUGAGCAGAAGGAGAACCCCAAGGUCAAUGGAGGAGACCCUUACACGGGAAUGCAGAUUCAUUGGUAGAUUCGCGGAAUGAUUGUUGCGGAGAAUGAAUUUGAGACUGGCAAGUUUGAGAAGUGAACUUGGGAGACUGCUGGGCAAUGUACCUGAGCUUAUAUAGUAGCUGAAUCAUUGACGAUGCCCAAGUAAUUCAUUCAUUGCCGUGAAGUCGUUAAUUCAACUGAUCUAUCGUGAGCAAACACAGUCAUAUACGAGCAUUUCUUCCUCUAUAAGAUUAUGUAGCAUUGCACUGAUUCAAC